GUGAUAUGGUUUGAUGUUGAUAUAACUAAACUACAAAGAUACAAGAUGCUUGUCGGGUCUUUGAAUUGUUGUAGACAGUUAAUUCCUAAUCUGAUGAUUUAGCGUUUUUGAUUUUCCGAGGUGUGAAUCACGUUGUGUGCCUUUAUUUUGAAGGAUUAACCCGGAAGUAUAUUAGUUGUAGCUACUUUCAGAGGGUCAUACUUCUGUAGUUAGAAGUAAUCCGCUGUUACUAUUAGGGCUAAUUUGUUAUCUGACUUUUGUGUGUAAUGGCGCUCCACUUGAAAGACAAAGAAGCUUACCAGAGACUGAACUACCUUUACCAGGCUGCACAUUGUGUUUUAGCUCAAAAUCCGGAAAAUGUGGAGCUGGCUCGUUUCUUCUGCUUCUCACAGAAGACGAUUGCAAAGCGUCUCGUUCUCAGACAAGAUCCAUCGGUGAAGAGGACAUUGUGCAAGAGGUGCUGCUCUUUGCUCAUCCCAGGUGUAACUGCUACAACAAGACAAAAACGAAAAAACAGCAAGACUCGUUUUACCGUGAUGAGAUGUCUCAGUUGUGGACAGAGGAAGACCUUACUGAAUAAUCCAGAUUACUGUUUAUGGGCAGACCGAGCUGAGGCUCAGCUGGAGCAGCAAAAGCAGAAAGAUUCAAUCACUUCUGCUAAAAAUCAGCCAAAAGACACAAAGAAUGACGGGUCACAGACAUCAAAACUCAGUUCUGCUCCAGGUGCUACCAGCACGUAGCAGCCAUGGCUCUGCUCUAUUUGCUUAACAUACAAAGGACUGGUUCUUAAUAAAAGCAAUAUAUAGUUUUGUUGUGUCACAUCCACCCACAGACUAGAGAAGGUUUUUUUUUAUUUUUUUUAAUGUUAUUAAAUGAAAU